GACUGGCAACAGAGAUGACUGCAUCAGAACUCCGUUUCCCAGGAUGCCUUGCGGUCCGGCUUCAGGGAGAGGAAGAUGGCGGUGACUAAUGGGCUCCUUCGCUGUUGUAUCGACUAAAAUCAGUAAAAAGCUGUGAUUUAAAAUGAAGUUGACUGUAUUAAUAUAGUUUAAAGUUAAUGCCAGACGGGGACUGUCUCUCAGACUGAAGACUGGGCCGGACUGGAAGAGCUCAUUAUCGCUCAGAUGCUCUAUCUGUCGGCUUUGAAGCUAAAGCUACUUGGUUAGCUCGAUACUUGCUGGCAAAGGUUUGUGCCCAAACGUCUCGGUCAGACGUAGAGGAGGUAUUUAGCGUUGGAGGUGUGCUCCUGGACCCAUCUGCUUUGUGUUUUUGGCAUCCUAGCGUCACAGGUGUUCCUGGCCCAUGGACCUGUCUCCAACACCAGGCUUCAAAAGGAGGCUGGCUGCCUCCUCGUCCCCAGUAGAAGCUGAAGAAACAUCCAGGAGCCCUUUUCUCUGCUCACCCUCUUCACCCCCUUCAUCUGAUCCAUCUUCACCAUCGUCUUCAUCCUCCUUUUUCUGUGCAAAGUCAUCUGCUUAUCAAAAUCAUGUGAAAUGUCAAAGAGAGGUGUCUGGGGUGUCCUCCACAUCCACCUCUUCAGCUAGACAGCCUCUCCCCACUCCUUCAUCCAGUACCAUCUCUGUGGCCUGCUGUCCUCGUGGAUCAAUGCAGUUCAGUGAAGAAGAUGGCCAGAAAGAGGAAAUGUAUGAUCCUUUCAGUCCGACUGAUGGGGAUAAAGAGAGAAGGGUGGCAGAUGAAGAGGGGGAGGGAGAGAAGUAUGACCCCUUUGAUCCCACUGGCUCUCCAGAAUCAGAUGUAGAUGAAGACAUUAAAAAAGAGGAGGAGGUUCACAAUCCUGAGGAGAAAGAAGAAGAACCUCCAGAUUCCACUGACACCUUUACAGACCAGCUGAGCCCCUGUCCAGCUCCCCAGCUGUCUCUGAGACGGAGACUGGGCAGCAGCACCCCCAAAGGCGAAGGGCAAAAAGAGAGCAGUGACUCUGACCAUUCUGAGAUAGAGGAGGGGGAAAUUGUUGGAGCUGUUGACAGAGACAGGGCUAAUAACAGACCUGAUGAAGAGCAACUCACCUCAAACUCUCCCAAAAUCUCUUUCUUUGCUUCUAAACCAGAGCGCAUUCUCCGUGUGCUCGAUGGAGAUGGAUUUGUAUCCGUGUGCACGGAGGGAAACUGGGAGGAUGACCAGGAGCUGGAGAACGAGCCUGUAGUUGGAGUGGAGGAUUUGAGAAGGAAGUUGGUCAGUAGGAGGAAGGAAAGAUAUCACUCAUUUCCUGCCUUGUCUCCCCUUUCUUCUCAGCCACCACUGCCUCCUUCUGUGCCUAAAGCUUCUGCAGUGUCCCCUCCACCCACAUCUCCUGUAGAACAAACUGGCAAGAGCCACAAGUCCUCCAAGAGCUCCAAGGAGCGUGACCAACAGAAAAGCAGAGAUAGGAAAGCUGGAGAAAAGGAAACCAGAAGGAAAAAGAGAAGGAAGGGCAAAGAGGGGGAUAGGGACAGGAGCAAAGAAAAGGAACAAGGACACAAGGCUGGGAAGGAGGUUAGAGCAAGGAGGAGCAGCAGAAGCAGCAGUCAAAAGAGAAAGAAACGACUACACAGCAGCCCCGAAGAUUCCCACAAGUCCUCUAGAAAGGGAGGGCAUUCUAGACGAUCCUUCUCCAGGCUGUCCGAGGAAAGACAUCGAGAUCAAGAAAGAGACAAAGACAGGAACAGAGACAGAGAAAGGGACAGAUACGGAUACCGAGACCGGGAUGGAGAUAAAGACCGAGAUAGAGAUAAAAACCGAGACAGAGACAGAGAUGGACAUCGUCAUCGCAGCAGUAGCCAUAGAAAAGAUGAAAGAGUGCAUGAUUCCAGUUCUAGAAAAAGAGAGGGGGAAAAGAAGGGCAUACGCCAUUCAAGCAGCAGAGAGCGAGGCCUCACGGAGAGGUCCAAAAGGAGCAGGGACAAGAGGGACAGCGACAGACAGCAUGAGAUGGAGCGCCGGCGAGAUGGGCGUCCUGUUGUGCCCCCAUCUAUCCAAGACCUCAACGGGUCCGAUCUCUUUGCUAUUAAGAGAACCAUCACAGUCACAACCACUACCACCACCACCACCGUACCUGGCUCCCCCAGACUGUCCACAGCAUCUCCCAGUCAUCCCACACAGGUCAGCGAGUCGCAUAAAAGGAAGAAAAGAAAAUGGCAUUCAGGUGGAGCUGCAGAGGAAGAGGGAAGCUGUCGCAGCUGGUCACAAUCGCUUUCACCACCCAGGUAUCAUGGCUAUGAGUCGGACCGCUACUCAGACAAAUUGGAGAUUGACAUGUUGUCUUUAGAUGGUGAAGCCUUGGAUUCAGAUUACCCCUCUAUGGAGGAUACGCCUCCGGCCACUUUGCCUCCAGAGCCUCCUGUCCCCAGCCCUAAAGCUAAAGCUACACCCAAGACCAGACGAAGUCACCCCAAAAAGAAGUCCCACGCAUUAAAGAAAUGUGAGUCCUCCACGUCUUCUAACAGAACCACCAGUAAAUGCCUCUCCUCGCUAACCAUCACUUCCGGCUCUGCGUCGGUUUCACCUGGUCUUCCCUUAGCAAAGCGGGCCAGAAAACUGGGCAAAGACAAAGACAGAGACAAGGGCGGCAGAAAGGAUCUGAGUCGCUCCGGCAAAUCCAAGAAAGAUGGUGGAAGUGGUCGAAAGGGUAAGCUUCAAUCCAAAGUGUCUGUUCUGGUGCGUGAGGGAGUGAGCAGCACCACAGGGGCCUCAGUUGGCUCCGGAAAGCUGAGCAUGGACCUGCUAGGCUCUGGAGGUACAGCUGGCGGGGGCGGGGGCUCAAUUGCAGUAGUCUUUUGCAGAGACAAUGAAAGCAGGUCACCUUUCCUUAAACCAUGUUCAGAGCCACUUUCUCUGGGUGGCCGCGGUAAAGACCUGAGCAGUCUGGGAAAACGGAGCAGCCUGGCUGCACCACCGUCAGCCCUAGCCAGCCCUGCAGGGCUCAAAUCCAAGAAAACAAAAACCAGCUCCAUCACAUCCACCUCCUCCUCUGCAUCUUCACCCUCGUCAUCUCUAGCAACCAAGCGCCGCCGUCGCCUGGUCAAGAAGACCAGCAAAAAAGAUGGAGGUGUUGGAUUGGCUGCAGCAGAUGGUAACCAAUCCAAAGCCUCGUCUGAAGGCUGGGCCGGAGCCUCUUUAGAUGUUCCAUCAGCUGGUUUAGAGGGGAGCAAGUCUACUAAUCCUCACUGUGGCCAAACAGGUCCUCCACCCUGUUCUUCCUCCUCCUCUUCCACGUCCUCCUCCACCAGUGUCCUCCCACCCUCCUCUUCUCCACCGCACACACCUCCACCAUCUACUGCAACUCUGAGGGACACUAGAGAGUCUUCUCCAGACUCUCAGACUGUGGACAGUAGCUGUAAGACACCAGACCCAUCUUUCCUAGCUGAAGACUGUCCAACUCAGACCAGUCCCACCCCUCCUGCCUCCAGUCCGUCCAGCCUGUCCACCCCUCAGGGAGCAGGCCUCACCAAUGCCUUGUCUACACUGACUGCCAAGCCCCCUUUUCCAGAUGAUUCAUCCAAAUCUUUGGCUUCUCCUCCUUGCUCAUCGUCAUCAGCUGGCCUCACUUCUCUUUCUCUACCUCUGUCUUCAUCCGACCCCUCCUCCUCUUCUUCUGUAUCUUCUUCAUGUGCCAGCAAACCACCCCCUCCUCCUCCGCCGCCCCCUCCAGCAGCUUCCGCCCUUCCCUGGAGUCUGCAGACCGGAGUAGACUGCACAACUGGAGGCGUCCUAGCACUGACAGCACUGCUGUUUAAGAUGGAAGAGGCCAACAUGGCCAGCAGAGCUAAAGCUCAGGAGUUCAUCCAAGCCACCAGCCAGUAUCUGAAGAAGCUGCACACACAGGAGCGGGCGGUGGAGGAGGUGAAGCUGGCCAUCAAACCGUACUACCAACGCAAAGACAUCAACAAGGACGAGUACAAAGACAUCCUUAGGAAGGCUGUGCACAAGAUCUGCCACAGUCGAACGGGUGAAAUCAACCCAGUCAAGGUCAGUAACCUGGUCAAGCUCUAUGUUCAACGCUACAAAUACUUCCGGAAACAUGGACGCAAAAUGGAUGAAGAGGAUCGGGAUGAGAGGGAGUUAGGAGUGCUCCAUGGCUCUGUCUGAAGAGACUUUUCCCCCCUCCUUCACCUGGAAGCAUCAUCAGGGCUCCACUGACUUUUAUGUGUUCAUUUCUGUUUUCAGAGCUCGCUCUCGUUCCUCUGUAGUCUCUGUGUUAUCACUGUAGAUAUCACAGGUGUUAUCAUGACGCAGCGAGGAGGGGCUUCUGUCUUACACACACGACCCUGAGGUAACACUAAUCACAGGGCAGCAUCUUCACAUCUGAUCAGCGGGAUGUCCAGGCAUGUCUGUCUGCCCCUUUGGGGUCAGGCUGCUGAGGAGGUGCCCCCCCCCCCACACACACACACACACACACGCUGUCGCUCAGCUGGUCCCGACCUGUUUUAAAGUCCAUGUUCUGUUCUUGUAUCUGUGUUGUGUGCAUGUGUUACAGAGUUUGGAGAAAGUCCGUGAAUCUCUAUAAAUAAACUUGACCCACAAAUUUAAA